CGGACCAGCAGCCCCACUGGGGCACAGCCGCCUAGAUCCUCCGCUGGGGCUAGGUCCUCUUGUUCUCGGGUCUCCCAGGCUCCGCCGUCUGGAUCUGCGGUUCGAACUCUGGCUGCCCCUGCCCGCUGCGGCAGCACUGCCCUGGGCCUGGCGCGCGCUUCGGGAGAGGCUCUGCGGGCUCCCGCGUGUGACGGGCGCGGGCACGCAGCAUGGCGGUGGAGGAAGAGGGGCUCCGGGUCUUCCAGAGCGUGAGGAUCAAGAUUGGUGAAGCCAAGAACCUCCCCUCCUACCCUGGGCCCAACAAGAUGCGGGACUGCUACUGCACAGUGAACCUGGACCAGGAGGAGGUCUUCAGGACCAAAAUUGUGGAAAAGUCACUCUGCCCCUUUUAUGGAGAAGACUUUUACUGUGAAAUUCCUCGAAGUUUCCGUCAUCUGUCAUUCUACAUUUUUGAUAGAGAUGUUUUCCGGAGGGAUUCCAUCAUAGGGAAGGUGGCCAUCCAGAAAGAGGACCUGCAGAAGUACCACAACAGGGACACCUGGUUCCAGCUGCAGCAUGUGGACGCUGACUCGGAAGUGCAGGGGAAGGUCCACCUGCAGCUGAGGCUGAGCGAGGUCAUCACGGACACAGGCGUUGUCUGCCACAAGCUCGCUGCACGCAUCCUCGAGUGCCAAGGCCUGCCCAUAGUGAACGGGCAGUGCGACCCCUAUGCCACCGUGACACUGGCCGGACCCUUCAGAUCAGAAGCCAAGAAGACGAAAGUGAGAAAGAAGACCAACAACCCCCAGUUUGACGAAGUGUUUUACUUUGAGGUCACCAGACCCUGCAGCUACAGCAAAAAAUCUCACUUUGAUUUUGAGGAGGAAGACGUGGACAAACUUGAAAUUCGCGUCGACCUCUGGAACGCCAGCAACCUCAAGUUUGGAGACGAGUUUCUGGGGGAACUGAGGAUCCCACUCAAAGUGCUGCGACAGUCCAGCCCCCAUGAGGCAUGGUACUUCCUCCAGCCUCGAGACAAUGGCAGCAAGAGCCUGAAGCCCGACGACCUGGGGUCACUGAGGCUGAACGUGGUCUACACGGAGGACCACGUCUUUUCUUCUGACUACUACAGGCCCCUGCGGGACUUACUGCUGAAGUCUGCGGACGUGGAGCCUGUGUCUGCGUCAGCGGCCCACAUCCUGGGCGAGGUGUGCAGAGAAAAGCAGGAGGCAGCCAUCCCGCUGGUGCGGCUCCUGCUGCACUAUGGCCGGGUGGUGCCCUUCAUCAGUGCCAUCGCCAGCGCAGAGGUGAAGAGGACCCAGGAUCCCAACACCAUCUUCCGAGGAAACUCGUUGGCAUCCAAGUGCAUAGACGAGACCAUGAAGCUGGCGGGCAUGCACUACCUGCAUGUCACCCUGAAGCCCACCAUAGAGGAGAUAUGCCAGAGCCACAGGUGCUGUGAGAUAGACCCCGUGAAGCUGAGGGAUGGCGAAAACCUCGAGAGCAACAGGGAGAGCCUGCGGCAUUAUGUGGACCGAGUCUUCACUGUCAUCACCAAGUCAGGGGUGAGCUGCCCCACCGUCAUGUGUGACAUCUUCUUCUCCCUGAGAGAGGCUGCCGCCAAGCGCUUCCAAGAUGACCUGGACGUGCGGUACACAGCCGUGAGCAGCUUCAUUUUCCUGAGGUUCUUUGCUCCUGCCAUCCUCUCCCCCAACCUCUUCCAGCUGACACCUCAUCACACGGACCCACAGACGUCAAGAACCCUGACACUUAUCUCAAAGACCAUCCAGACUCUCGGCAGCUUGUCCAAGUCCAAGUCUGGCAGUUUCAAGGAGGCUUACAUGGCGACCUUCUACGAGCUCUUCAACGAGCAGAAGUACGCAGAUGCGGUGAAGAACUUCUUGGAUUUGAUUUCAUCCUCUGGGAGAAGGGACCCCAAGAGUGUCGAGCAGCCCAUCCUGCUCAGGGAAGGGUUCAUGAUCAAGAGGGCGCAGGGGAGAAAACGCUUUGGAAUGAAGAACUUCAAGAAGAGGUGGUUUCGCCUAACCAACCACGAGUUCACCUACCAGAAGAGCAAAGGAGACCAGCCCCUCUGCAGCAUCCCUAUCGAGAACAUCCUGGCCGUGGAGAGGCUGGAGGAAGAGUCCUUCCGGAUGAAAAACAUGUUCCAGGUCAUCCAGCCGGAGCGUGCGCUGUACAUCCAGGCCAGCAACUGCGUGGAGGCCAAGGACUGGAUCGACAUCCUCACCAAGGUCAGCCAGUGCAACCAGGCUCGCCUCACCGUCUUCCACCCGUCUGCCUACCUGAACGGCCACUGGCUGUGCUGCAGGGCCUCCUCCGACACUGCUGCCGGCUGCACCCCCUGCACUGGUGGCCUCCCAGCAAACAUCCAGCUGGACAUUGACGGGGACCGCGAGACGGAGCGCAUCUACUCCUUGUUCAACCUGUACAUGGCCAAGCUGGAGAAGAUGCAAGAGGCCUGUGGGAGCAAGUCUGUGUACGACGGCCCCGAGCAGGAGGAGUACUCCACGUUCCUCAUCGACGACCCCCAGGAGACCUACAAGACACUGAAGCAGGUCAUCGCAGGGGUGGGGGCCCUGGAACAGGAGCACGCGCAGUACAGGAGGGACAAGUUCAAGAAGACAAGAUACGGGAGUCAGGAGCACCCCAUUGGAGACAAGAGUUUCCAGAACUACAUCCGACAACAGUCCGAGAUCUCCACCCAUUCCAUUUGAAGUGUGUGCAGUGUUCUAGGGUGGCACCAACCUGCUGCACAAGGCCACCCACCCCCGAGCAGCAGAGGGAAGCAGAACCGAUGGAGCCUUCACAGCCCAGCAGCUCCCACAGGACCAGUCCUGGCUGCCAGGGCUCCACACGUCUCCACUCAGAACUCUUAACUCCUGCUUGCCUCACCUGCCAGUGCCGAGUGGUCUGACUGGCCUCUGGAGUGUGGGGUCAUUGUCUUCUCAUUCCCUUUGUCCUGUGGAGGUGCAGGGGUCAGAUGAAUGGUCAGGAAGCAUGGACUGCCCAGUAGUCAUCCAGGCCCUCCUCUGGCCUGGCCCUGGCUCUUCUGCUGCACCCCUCCAGACGUGAACAGUGUCACUCCAUCCCUACAAGCCUACUGCCCCCCUGGCUGUGACAGGGGCCUCCCUGUCUGUUUGUGGCUGGAAUCCCUGAGGGGCCUGGGCUUUGGGGGCCUGGGUCCCUUCUGCAGAGUCCAGGCAGGGAGAGGCAAGAUUCAGUCUCCUCUGGCUGACUGGCCAGCCCCAGUCCCAGCACAGCUGUCCCACUGUGAGUCAGUGUCCAGUCCCAGCACAGCCGUCCUACUACGGGUUGGUGUUGGGAACCACAGUCCACUUGCCUGCCACCCCAUGGGGAGGUUGGGGGGAGAUUUUUGAAAAGUGCAUUUUUCAAGCCGUCUUUCUUAUUGUUUUUAAAGGAGUGUUUUUAAUUAGCUCUUUGAUGUAAGGUAACUCAGAACAUUGAAACCUUUACCUGCUCAAGAGGGCUCUGAGAGGCAGAUAGCCGGGAACUGUGUCUCCAGCUGCCAGAAGGUUCUCCCAGGGACUGCUGCGCCCCGUCUCAGGAGCCCAGGAGGAGAAGGGCAUGGCCGUGGCCAGAGCUGCUGUCUUGUGACAGGAGGGUUGGGGCAGGAGGGCAGACCUCUUCAGCUUGAUGGCACACUGGUGUUGCAGACCCUUGCUCUCCAGCACCCCUGGCCUGUGGCAGGGGGUCCUGGGGAAGCACUGAGGCACAUGUGGACUUCCUUGUCCAGGCUUUUCAUCUAGGGACAGGUAGUCACAUCAUUUCUUGUCACAGAAGUAGUGGAGGAAAGUGUAAAAAACCUCUGGACACAUGCUCUCAGGCUGCGAUUUUUAACAGGGAUUUGUAACAAUGUUUCUGUUUAUAAAAUACUAAUAAUUUGCAAUGUAUUUUACUGGCCGAUUAAAACAGAGGUUUUAUUCUU